AUGUAUGUGGCUGUACAGUUAGAGGGACCUGGGGGAGCAGAUGGUGAGGGGUUGCUCACAAGCCGUCCCAAGUCUAUUUUCCUUCUGAGAGAAGUCCAAACGGGAGGAGGACCAGUGGAAGUUUGGAUUCACCAGAAUAUGAUGAGAACUGCAUUGCUUAUGGCCUCCAGAGCCUUUUAUGUAUUUCAGGCCUUAUUUAUGGGCUCCGUUCCGGAGAAUACCCCGGAAGUGUUGGGGGGAGAAGGGGGGACCCUGGGCAUAGCAGCUCCCCUGAGGGGGGAGGGUCCACUUCCGGCGGGGGGCUCGGCUCAAGCUCGGGGCCUGUGGAUGUUUGGACAGUAUUUCUUUUCUUUGAGUCCUGUCUGUGCAGAGCAACAGGAAGUGUCCUUGGAGAUGGCAGCCCUGGGUCCACCAAGCAGGUCGCCUCCUGUUCCACCUGCCAUCUCAUUCUCCUCACCUGGAGUACGACCUGGACCCCCGAGCCCCCAGGCUCAUCUUCGCUUCUAUCAUGAUCACCAUGAGUUUCCAGUCUCUAAACCUGAAAUGAUUUCCCAACUGGAAGGAGAUGAAGAACUGCGGAGCCCAGGUCUUCAGGGAGGCUAUGAGAUCAGUGCUAAGAAGGAAAAAUGGACCCCAAAGCAAGAGUUUCCUGAGGAAUCGGUAUCACGUCAUGCAGGGCUGCCAUCUUCAGAACUCCUGGAUGUACUCCAGGAAACAGAGUUCCAUGAAUCUUGUAAGACUGAGGACAAUUCAGAGAGGCAGAAAGAUUCCUUGUCUGGGAAAACUCUCAGAGGGAAGGGAGCCCAUAAACAGAAUAUAUCUGGGGAAAACUUCAAUCAGAAUUCAAAUUUUGUUAAACAUCAGGGAAAUGCCAAAGAAGUGAGGCCCCAUAAAUGUGAUCUAUGUGGGAAAAGCUUCAAAUGCCAUUCAGAUAUUAUUAAACACCAGAGAAUUCACACUGGAGAAAAACCCUAUGAAUGUGAGGAAUGUGGGAAGACCUUCAGCCAAAGCUCAGAUGUUAUUAAACACCACAGGAUCCAUUCUGGAGAGAAACCGUAUGAAUGUAGUGACUGCGGAAAGACUUUUAUUCACAGCUCACAUGUAGUUAGACAUCAGAGAAUUCACAAUGGAGAGAAACCUUAUGAAUGCAAAGAAUGUGGCAAAGCUUUCAGCCAGAGUUCAAAUCUUAUCCGUCACCAGAGAAUUCACACUGGAGAGAAGCCUUAUGAAUGUAAUGAAUGUGGAAAAACAUUCAGUCAGAGCUCUGAUGCUAUUAAGCACCAGAGAAUUCAUACUGGAGAGAAACCUUAUGAAUGUAAUGAAUGUGGGAAAACUUUCAUCCAUAGUUCAAAUGUUGUUAGACAUCAACGAAUACAUCAUGGAGAAAACCCAUAUGAAUGCAGAGAAUGUGGCAAAGCCUUCAGCCAGAGCUCCAAUCUCAUUAGGCACCAGAGAAUUCACACAGGAGAAAGACCCUAUGAAUGUAAUGCAUGUGGGAAAGCUUUCAAUCAAUCUGCGUUACUUACUGAACACCAGAGAAUCCACAUGGAAACGAAACCAAGAAAACGUAAUAGAUUUGAGAAAAUGCUUAGGCUUAACUCUGAUGUCACUGAACACCAGAGGAUUCAGAACGAAGAGAGGUCUUGAGUACAACUGUGGGAAAGCCUUUAGUUAAAGAGUUCACAUACUCCUCGGAAAACAAUAUUUUCAGGUGAAUGCGUAAAGGAAAAUUCUUAAUUGGAUUUCAAAUAGUUCUCAAAUUAUAAUGGCCUUAAGGAUUGAGACCCUAUCCAAUUGGUUUUGUGUUAGAAAAGUCACCUAUAAAGAAGCAAUCAAUGAGUGCCAAGUCACUGAUGAAAUUGAUAGCUGUAGGCAAGUCUUCAAAGGCCUCUCCCUUCCCUACUCAGGACAAAUCAAAGGAAUAAAAAAAGAAUCAAUAGAGCAAGCAUUCAUGGAAGCAAAGGGGACUGAGCAAUAAUCACAAGUGUUACUUCUUCUGUUCGUACUUCUCGCUAUUAUUUUCUUCUGGGCUGCAUCACAUUAUCCUUGAAUAAAACCAAUUUCCCUAUUUUCAGUCAU